AAGAAUUGGGUACAAGAAACGGGAAAGGAUAAUGGUUACGUAAUUGUUACCCGCCGAUCAAAAAAUAUUGGCGGUACUACUGGGAUGGUAUGGCUUGUGUGCGACCGUAGUGGUGAACACCGUAGUAAAGCAACAGUUAGGAAAGCUGGUAGCAAAAAAAUCGGCUGCCCAUUUUCAUUACUCGCCAUCCGGGACGUGACGAACGACACGUGGGAGUUAAAAGUGGACUGUGCGAACCAUAACCACGAACCUACGACGAGUCUGUUGGGCCACGCUUUUGUGCGAAGAUUUACUAAAGCCGAAUACAAGCUAGUGGAGCAGCUAACUGCUCAAAACAUGGAGCCACGUAUCAUAUUUCAAACCCUAAGAAAGCAGUUCCCCGACAGCCUGCACGUUCAGAAAGACGUGCAAAAUGCGGUACAAAAAAUUAGAGCGACAAUAAUGGACGGAAAGAAUCCUAUUCAGGCACUGGAAAGCCUGCUGCAUGACCGCCGAUUCAUUUACGACACCCGACAAGAUCCCAAAACAGAUGUCGUAACAGAGAUUUUCUUUGUUCAUCCUUAUUCAAUCACUAUGUGGCGUGCAUUCCCGCACGUGAUGUUGAUCGACGCGACCUACAAAACAAACCUCUACAACAUGCCAUUUGUCCAGGUUGUGGGUAUGACGUCGACUGGGAAGUCUUUUUGUAUCGCACAUGCCGUUAUUUGUAAAGAACGAAGGGGUAACUACGUGUGGGUGCUUGAGCGGAUCAAGUCAAUAUUGCAUGAAUGUAUGAUGCCGCGUGUGAUAGUCACGGAUAGGGAGCUUGCCCUAAUAAACGCGUGUUCUAAAGUAUUCCCGAACGCAAAAAGGCUUCUAUGCCACUUUCACAUCCAACAAAAUAUAGCUAGAAAGUGCAAGUCAGGGUUCGAUAAAGAAGAUUGGGGGAAAUUUAUGUCGUACUGGCGGACAUUGUGCGAAUCUUCAUCAGAGCCCAUGUACAAGUACAACUUGGAGAAAAUGUAUAACCGACUCGUGGUUGCCAACCGAGAAAGUGUCUAUGAUUACGUCUACAAAAACUGGCUCAAAGACUAUAAAGAAAUGUUCGUUUAUGCGUGGACCGAUAAGUGUCGCAACUUUGGUCAGCGCACCACCAACAGAGUUGAGAGCCAGCACGCAAAUUUAAAAAGAUACAUUACGCGCGGGAGUUCAUUGGAGCGAAUAGCAAGAUGCAUCAUUGAUAUAGUUGAAACUCAGUACGAUGAAAUACAAAAAAGUUUCACUGAGAGCAUCGAAAAAACGAUGAACCACCACAGACACCGAAUAGCUACUGAGGAAGAUGGAUGUGUUGCGGAAACUUAA